CUCUUCUCAACGACAACACCACCACCGAAGAACCUACAAUGCCAGACAACAGCCCCGCAGAAGAGGAAGAAGAUUACUUCCUCCCUUUAGAGGAUCAACGCGUCUUCGGCGCCGGGAUCCGCCGCAAGCGCGUCCCCUUCGUGCGCUCCUCCGACGGGCCCGACCUCAACACCACCGACUCCGCCCUCCGCCGCAAUGCCUCCGCGUCCACCACCGCACCGAGUUCUACUGGUGCCACCAUCGCGAACAAAUACCUCUCCAUCGUCCUCUCGAAAUCAACCACCCCUACCCCGGAGGAGUUCACAGUAGAUUCCCUAGCCACAGCUCCAUCUACCACCACCACCACCACCACUACAGCAGCAGCGAGUCCACAAUCCCACUCCGCACCAACACCAACCACCACCACUCCCCCUCUCGAACAAGACACCAACCCGAACCCUACAUCUCAAAUCUGCGAAAUCUGCAACCUCCCUUACACAGCAUCCUCAUCAUCCUCAGCAUCCGAACCCCGAACCCCAGCUGAAACCCACCCCCGCCCCCACGAAGCCUCCCUCGCGCACCAACUCUGCCUCACCCACUCGCACCCGCCCUCGCACCUGGACCGCACGCGGCCCGGCCUGCGCUACCUAGCCGCCUACGGCUGGGACCCGGACAGCAGGCUGGGGCUGGGGGCGCCAGGGCGGGAGGGGAUCGUGGCGCCGGUGAAAGGGAAAGUGAAGGUUGACACGGUGGGGUUGGGGGUUGCCGGCGACAAUUCGGAGGAUGAGGGGGACCCCAAAAAACGGAGGCGCGGGGGCGGUAAGGAAUCCGGGGGCGGUGGUUCGGACAAGGUGCACAAGAAGUUGAAUGCGAAGGAGGUGCGGAGGGGGCAGGUGGAUGCCAGGAAGCGCGGGGAGAGGCUGCGCGAGUUGUUUUAUCAGGAUGAGAGGGUUCUGAGGUAUCUUGGGGGUGGUUGAAUUCAUUUGGCGAGGGGGGAGGGGGCCGGGUUGGUUGGG